AUGACUACUAUUGACACUGUUGACACAUCUGUGUUAUUUGAAAAGGCGCUGCAUGCAUGGACAACUCUAGAUCUACCUCGGUUACAACGUGAACUGGAUGAUAAGGUUGUUGAUAUCAGAGAGUCGCAGAACGAGUCGCUGCUAGACCGGAAGAAGUUGGCGACAAAGACAAAGGAGUUCAAAAAGCUGGAAGAUGAGGAAAAAAUAGGAGAGAUCAAUCCAUUAUUGAAGUUGUACCAGAAUCAAAUCGAUUCUUUGAACAAGAAGAACAAGAAUGUUGAGUCUUUGCUAUUCAAAAUAUACAAGUUGAUUGCCGAUGCGCCGGAUCCUAAGACAUUACUCAAGAUUGGCAUGAAUUCGAUCGUUGAGGCGCAGAAGAUGGACGACAUCAUCAGAGAGAAGCAAUUGUUGGAGGAGAAGUUAAUGAAGUAUGCGGACUAUGAUCAGAUAAAGACCCAGCUAUUUAACUCGCAGAAGAAGAUGGACGAUUUAAUGGAAUUGCAACUAAAGGCAAAGGAUAACGAGUGGAGCUCCAUAUUAGACGAGAAGGAGAAAAAUUGGAAUAAAAAUGAAUUUGAGCUAAAUGAGAAACUGGAGAAACUCAACACCAAAAUUGUCGAGUUGGAGACAAAUGAGAAGAUGUUGAAACUGAAACUCAAGAAACGGUCCAAUGUCUUUGAAGAUGAGGACGAUGAAGACGAUCGGAGAGAAGAGGAGCCAGAAGAUGAAAGAGAGGAAGAGGAGAUAUACGAGAAAGAGAGGAAUGCUGGUGGCGAAAUAGGAGGUAAAAGUGGAGUCAACAAGGACAUCAAACAUGGCAAGUCCAUCUCUAAGCUGCAAGAUGUAAGUUCCAAAAUGAGUGACUUGGAGAACUCUAAGAAACGUAUCAAAGCUUUAGAAGCGAGAAACGAAGAAUUAAGACGUGAAUUAAGCACAAGCAAUUCUAAAAUUGAAAUUGAAAUUGAAAAGGCAAAGCAAGAACAACAGCAGACAAUUUCUAAUUUAGAAAGUGAAAAUGUGCUACUUAUUGCAAAACUUGAAAACGAACGUCAGAUCAGCUCCAAAUUAAGAGAAGAUAUAUCCAAAGUAAAGGCCGAGUUUGAUCAUGAAACCAAUCUCUUGAAUGACCAAAUUGAUGAAUUGAAACAAUUUAAGGAUAAGUCCUUUGAUUACGAUGAAAUUAAAAAGGAAUUGGAACUUCUGAAGCAGAUUCAAUUUGAUGACAGUACGGAAGAAACAAGCUCGAUAGAUAAGAUAGAGUCAGCUAUAGUUCAAAGAAAUAAAAAGCUGAACGCUCAAAUUGUCGAGCUCAAACAACAGAAUGAGAAAUCAAUCCAUCAAGUCGAUUCACUCAAUGAGAAAAUUAAGGAGUUUGAAGCAACCAUUGAGCAAUUAAAAGAUGCCAACCAAAGAUUGGAGAAUGAUUUAAUAGAUUUUGAUCAUUCCACAAGCCACAAUGAUGAUAAAUGGGAUACAAUGUCCAUGAUUUCAUCAGUAGCUGGUCAUACAAAUGGUAGAGUCUCUCCUUCUGGUUCGAUUACUGGCACUAUAGUAAAUACUUCGUCGAAUGACUCUACGUUAUUGCCAAUUAUAACUCAACAAAGAGAUAGGUUUCGUAACAGAAACAAAGAGUUGGAGGACGAAAACAAGAAACAUUUUAAUAAAAUCAUUGAGUUAAAGAGAGAAAUCAACACCUUAAAAAAUGACAAUCGACAAUUGUAUGAGAAGAUACGAUUUCUACAAUUCCAUCAAUCAAAGACAAAUAUGGAACAAAACCAUGGUAUAGACAUUGAAAAUAAGUACAAGUCGGAUUACGAGCAUGAACUACAUCCAAUUGAGCAGUUCAGAUUGAUGGAAACCAGGAGAAUCAAUUCCAAAAUCACUCCAUGGGAUAGAAUAUUUAUCCAAGUGACCCGGACCAUUUUAAGCACACCGUAUACGAGAUGGCUCUUUGUGGCUUAUUGUUGUGGACUCCACUUGCUUGUUAUGGUAAUGUCUUUGACUCUGAUGAGUGGGCCUUCAAAUAUAGUGGAGGUUUCUUCAAGCCCACUAACGGCAGACCUUUCUGGGAACUUAGACCAUGACAUGAAAAUAUUGUAA